AUGAAUGACACAGGUGAAUUAUUGGUGUCUACCACACCAGAAAGUUGUCAUUUCGAACCACCAGCAAUGACAAAUAUCCGUUUCUGGUUGGUUACGGUAUUCGGUUCGACUGUUUCCUUUAUUAGUAUCACUAACAAUGUAUUGCUGUUUUAUGUUUUCAUCUCCAGAAAACAUCAUCGUUCGAGCCCGAAUCUCUAUCUAAUGCUGCUAGCGUUUUUUGAUAUUUUUGUCAGUAUGGCCUAUAUUUUAUUGAUGUCAGUGAAUAUUCUCAUAGAUUAUUUGAUUUCGGCUACUCUUAUGCAAAUAUGGUUCUCCUAUAUGGUGCCCAUGAUUACGAUAUCUCAUGUGGCGAUGACGUCAUCAUCGUUUUUGAUAGUUUGCGCUUCAUUUGAACGCUAUUGUCUCACCGUGAACUCCUCAAUUUUACCAUUUGCACAAAAAAAUCGGAAAUCUAUAGCUGCUUUUGCAAUACUGUUCGGUGUGAUCAGUAAAGGAACAAUGUGCCUAGAAUUUGAGUUCUAUGAUGUGCCGGAAUGUAAAGGUUUGAUAACACAAACUCAAAUGGCCUACACGGAUUUGGUCACAAAAACCCCAUACAACAUUGUUUGGCGAUUUUGGUAUCGCAAUUUUGUUACCGUAAUCGCACCGUUUUUCAUUCUUGCUUAUUUUAAUGUGAGGAUUGUGAAAGCGUUAACACGACAUACAAAAAUGACCGUAUGUCAAUUAGCCGGUAAUGCACUCGUUGAACAAGCGAAAAGAAAGGCGACAGCACGUGCUGCUACGCGUACACUCGUGAUGGUUGUAUGCUGUUAUUUGAUCAGUAACAUAAUUAGCGUUGCGUUAACAAUUUGGGAACAUUUGGACAGAGAAACGCUGUUGACCGAUUACAUUAACUUCUACGCGAUCGCUAUCGACUUGGUCUCGUUGCUGACAACGUCCGCGUGCGCAUGUCGUCUGCCGAUUUACCUCACCUGUCAACCAGCUCUUCGGAAUGAAAUCAAGGAAGUUGUGACGUCAAUCCGAUGCUGCGGCAAGGGAAUGGACAGUGAAUACUUGGUAUUGUCGAAACCAUCGAUGACUAUGCCUGGAUCAGUUGGCUCGAUGAACGGAAUUCCUCAGAAUCAGAUUUACAAAAGAAGCUCAGCUGAUGGUGAAAUGAUUGAAACUGGACAACAUGUCAAAAUGUUGCAGCCAAUUGUGCUCGCAUCAACAGAAGAUACGAAAAUUUGUCUUUCAAGCGCCUAUGAAACAUUAUUGUGA